AUGAUCACAGUCAACCCCGAUGGAAAGAUAAUGGUCAGAAGAUGCCUGGUCACCCUGAGACCCUUUCGGCUCUUCGUCCUGGGCAUCGGCUUCUUCUCACUCUGCUUCCUGAUGACGUCUCUGGGAGGCCAGCUCUCGGCCCGGCGCCCGGGGGACUCCCCCUUCACCAUCCGCACAGAAGUGCUGGGAGGGCCGGAGUCGCGCGGCGUCCUGCGCAGGAUGAGCGAGCUGCUGGAGCUCAUGGCGAAGCGCGUGGACGCGCUGGCCCGGCUGGAGAACGGCAGUGAGCCGCACCGGGCUGCCGGCCACGGGCGCUUGGCUGUGGACAGGUUUCCCCCUGGGGCUGGCCUCAUGGAGCGGAUCCAGGCCAUUGCCCAGAACGUGUCGGACAUCGCUGCGAAGGUGGACCAGAUCCUGCGUCACAGCCUGGUCCUGCACAGCAAGGUGUCUGAAGGCCGGCGGGACCAAUGUGAGGCACCCAGUGACCCCAAGUUCCCUGACUGCUCAGGGAAGGUGGAGUGGAUGCGUGCCCGCUGGACCUCUGACCCCUGCUAUGCCUUCUUCGGGGUGGACGGCACCGAGUGCUCCUUCCUCAUCUACCUCAGUGAGGUUGAGUGGUUCUGCCCCCCGCUGCCCUGGAGGAACCAGACAGCCGCCCAGAUGGCCCCCAAGCCCCUCCCCAAAGUCCAGGCAGUUUUCCGGAGCAACCUGUCCCACCUCCUGGAGCUGAUGGGCAGUGGGAAGGAGUCUCUAAUCUUCAUGAAGAAACGGACCAAGCGGCUCACGGCCCAGUGGGCACUGGCUGCCCAGCGGCUGGCACGGAAGCUGGGAAGCGUCUGGAGGGACCAGAAGCAGAUCCUUGUUCACAUUGGCUUCCUGACGGAGGAGUCUGGAGAUGUGUUCAGCCCAAGAGUGCUAAAGGGGGGGCCACUGGGAGAGAUGGUGCAGUGGGCAGACAUCUUGGCCACUCUCUACGUCCUGGGCCAUGGCCUGCGGAUCACAGUGUCCCUGAAGGAGCUGCAGAGUAACUUAGGGGUACCGCCAGGCCGGGGGAACUGCCCGCUCACCAUGCCCCUGCCUUUCGACCUCAUCUACACCGACUACCACGGCCUACAGCAGAUGAAGCAGCAUAUGGGACUGUCCUUCAAGAAGUACCGGUGCCGAAUCCGGGUCAUUGACACCUUCGGGACAGAGCCCGCGUACAACCACGAGGAGUACGCCACGCUGCACGGCUACCGGACCAACUGGGGCUACUGGAACCUCAACCCCAAGCAGUUCAUGACCAUGUUCCCUCACACCCCGGACAACUCCUUCAUGGGUUUCGUGUCUGAGGAGCUCAACGAGACGGAGAAGCAGCUCAUCAAAGGCGGCAAGGCCAGCAACAUGGCCGUGGUGUACGGCAAGGAAGCGAGUAUCUGGAAGCUCCAGGGGAAGGAGAAGUUCCUGGGCAUCCUGAACAAGUACAUGGAAAUCCACGGCACCGUGUACUAUGAGAGCCAGCGGCCCCCUGAGGUCCCCGCCUUCGUGAAGAACCACGGCCUCUUGCCACAGCCCGAGUUCCAGCAGCUGCUGCGCAAGGCCAAACUCUUCAUAGGCUUCGGCUUCCCUUACGAGGGCCCCGCGCCCCUGGAGGCCAUCGCCAACGGCUGUGUCUUCCUCCAGUCCCGCUUCAGCCCACCCCACAGCUCCCUCAACCACGAGUUCUUCCGAGGCAAGCCCACCUCCAGAGAGGUGUUCUCCCAGCACCCCUAUGCAGAGAACUUCAUUGGCAAGCCCCAUGUGUGGACUGUCGACUACAAUAACUCAGAGGAGUUCGAAGCAGCCAUCAAGGCCAUCAUGAGAACGCAGGUAGACCCCUACCUGCCCUACGAGUACACCUGUGAGGGGAUGCUGGAACGAAUCCAUGCCUACAUACAGCACCAAGACUUCUGUGCAGCCUCGAGGCCUGCCCCAGCAGCGGCCCGAGCCCCACCCAGCCCCUUCGUUCUGGCCCCCAACGCCACCCAUCUGGAGUGGGCCCAGAAUGCCAGCUUGGCCCCCGGGGCCUGGCCCCCGGCACAGUCCCUCCGGGCCUGGCUGGCUGCUGCUGGGAGGGCGUGCACGGACGCGUGCCUGGACCACGGGCUGAUUUGCGAGCCGUCCUUCUUCCCCUUCCUCAACAGCCAGGACGCCUUCCAGAAGCUGCAGGUGCCCUGUGACAGCACCGAGUCGGAGAUGAACCACCUGUACCCGGCCUUCGCCCAGCCCGGCCGCGAGUGCUUCCUGCAGAAGGAGCCCCUGCUCUUCAGCUGUGCGGGCUCCAGCACCAAGUACCACCGGCUGUGUCCCUGCCGAGACUUCCGCAAGGGCCAGGUGGCCUUGUGCCGGGACUGUCUGUGAGGCCGCCCGCCCGCCCGGCUCCCGGCCGCAGGAGGAAGCACCAGCAGAUUCUGAGCUCCAGCGACGGGCCCUCCCCGCGACACCCCGGCGCUGGGGCUUCCUUCCAUGGCCAGGAAGCGGGCAGAGCAGACUCAUGCACGGAGUUAGGGGCUGGCUGCGUGCCCACCCCAGGCAGGCUCCUUGACAUCGUCCGGGGACUCGUGGCAGCGUCGUGGCCAGGCAGCUGUGGGAUUGGUCAGAGAGCCCUGGGGCAGGAGCAGGUGGUCGGAGGCCAAUUCUGGACCAGACUGAGGGCCCUGGGGAUGGGGACUCAGAAUGUCCGUGGAGGGAGCAGGGGCGAGGUGCCCGAUGGCUCACCGAAGGGUCCAGGGGGCGGGGAGUGAUGCGUGGGGGUCAGUCUUGUCCCUCUGUGGUUGUUCGGGUAUGGACAAAAGGGACAGGGACUGGAGGACCCUCUCAGCCCCACCCCUCCUGCCUUUGCAGUCUGCCCCUCCUUUCUAUACUUGGGGGGGCGGAGUGGGGGCCACCUAGCCCCUGGGUUGAACUCUUUUUCUCCCCUGCUUGGUCCAGCUCUCUCCACUCGGGCUCCUCCCGAAACUCAUCUUGGCAUGACUGCGAUUCCAGGAUUUGUCCCCAGAACCUCUGUCCCUGCCCCAGCAGGCUCUGGACGCUGCCCCCAUCCCCCCAGGCAUCUCGUGUAGGCAAAGGCUUGGGAUGGAGCUUCGGCCCCAUGGCCCGCCCAGCCCAGCUCCUGGCGUCCCAGACCCACUAGCCCCCAGGU